GGACACUCCUGACUGACACCUGACCUUUGUCCCUGCCAUUCUUGUUCUUCUCCCCGACCUUUGUCACUCAUAAAUUUAAAGAAAAAGCAAAUGGAAAACGAAAAGAAACCUCAAAGGGUAAUUGAAAGCAAGAUUCUCUCCAUCCCUCCCCAUCAUCUGAAUCUGAUUCAUUUGCCCUUUAGAACUACAGCAGGAGUGCUGAACUGAACAUAAAUUCUUAACAAACGAAAUCAUUGUACUCACUCCAAUUCAAUAUUCAGGGUAGGGGGAAGGCUAAAAUGUAAAAUCAGAUGUGAACUUGUGAAGUAAUUGAUGAUGAAAACAAACAACCAAAAUUGUACCGUUCCUGCACCAGCUUGCUAAUCUUCCAAGCUUCGCAGGCAGCGAGUCCCCAACGGCCCAACCCCAUUUCCUUUUGUCUUCUCUGCUACUUUACCCAUUUCCCCCUUCCUCUUUCUACUUUUCGAUCCAUAAUUCAAAAAAAGAAAAAAAAAAAAGUCUUUCUCUUUCGCUUUUCCCCCUCUCUUGUUCUGUGCACUGGUACACCACCCCAAAAACGAUCCCUCUUCCUCUCCGCCCACAUUUUCCAUCUACCUCCUCAUGGGUUCUCCAUGUCUGCUGCUGCUGCUUCAGUUUUGUCCCUUGUUCAGCCACCUCGCGUCGUAGCUAGGAGGACGCGGUGAUUAGCUGUAGACGUAACCUUUCUAUCACUCCUACAAACAGGACACCAGCUUCAAAGAGGAUUUAAACUAGCAAACCCAAAUUUCGAAGUUGAAAAAGCAGGUUCUUCAGCUCUAAGUUCUAACAUUGUACGUUCCAAGAAAAAUGGCUUCUGGGAUCAGACCGAUGAGGUCCAGUGGCGGUGUCUCUUCCAGAUGGCUCUCCAUUUUCUGCAUCGCCAGCUUCUUCUUAGGCGUCUUUGUCGUCGACAGGUUUUGGUCUAUUCCUGAUCCAGUCAAAGUAAAUGAGGGAACUUCAACCAUGGAGCUUCAAUCCAAGUUACCAAAUCCGACCAUUAAUUGUGAGAAAAAGGAGACUACUGUACAAACCAGCGAUAUUCUGUCGCAAGUUUCUCAAACCCAUGAUAUGAUAAUGACGUUAGACAAAACAAUCUCCUUGCUAGAGAUGCAGCUGGCUGCUGCAAGAGCUGCCAAAGUAGGCAGUGAAGAAGAAUCUCUUGUAAUGACAAAAUCAAGCAUCGAGCAUUUGAAGGACAGACAAAAGGUUUUCUUUGUUAUGGGUAUAAUGACUGCAUUCAGCAGCAGAAAGCGAAGGGACUCGAUUAGAGAGACAUGGAUGCCCAAUGGAGAGGAGUUAAAGAAGCUGGAAUAUGAGAAGGGUAUAAUCAUGCGUUUCGUUAUAGGACACAGUGCAUCUCCAGGUGGGGUUUUGGAUCGAGCUAUUGAUGCUGAAGAAGAACAGCAUAAAGAUUUUCUGAGGCUGAAUCACAUAGAAGGUUAUCAUGAACUGUCAUCCAAAACACAGAUAUACUUUUCAACUGUUGUGGCGAAAUGGGAUGCUGACUUUUAUAUUAAAGUGGAUGAUGAUGUGCACACAAACCUAGGUAUGGUUGGUUCCACAUUGGCACGCCAUAGAUCUAAACCUCGUGUGUACAUAGGUUGCAUGAAGUCUGGACCAGUCCUCGCUCAGAAAGGGGUAAAGUAUCACGAACCAGAAUACUGGAAGUUUGGGGAGGAGGGUAAUAGGUACUUCAGGCAUGCAACAGGGCAGAUAUAUGCCCUUUCAAAAGAUUUGGCCACCUACAUUUCGGUCAAUCGGCACAUACUCCAUCGAUAUGCGAAUGAAGAUGUCUCGUUGGGGUCAUGGUUUAUCGGACUAGACGUGGAGCAUAUCGAUGAUCGGAGCCUAUGCUGUGGAUCACCUCCUGAUUGCGAGUGGAAGGCGCAAGCCGGGAAUGCAUGCGCGGCGUCAUUUGAUUGGGCGUGCAGCGGGUUAUGCAAGUCAGUGGAGAGAAUGGCAGACGUGCACCAGCGUUGCGGGGAAGGUGAUGGAGCAAUCUGGCACACCAGUUUCUGAGAUGCAAACUUUUGCACCUGGGUACAUGGAUUUAUGGUUAACCUGAACAACUAACUGACUCAUUGAUCUAUCGCUGUUCAUUCUGUACCAUAUUAUGUAUCCUUCUCGAGAAGAAGAUGGCAGAGCAGCUGUUAUUGAAUGACUGACUGGACCAAAUGGAAUGGAAUUCUCUUCUGCCCGGUUUUUGUGUGAUGUUCGGGCAGUUGAUUGGAGUCCAUAAUGUAUUUAUUUAUGCUAUACGAACAGACCGACUAAAAAUUGUUCGUUCAUCCAAUUUCUGGAUGUUAAUUUCACUAAUAUAUUAUUCCCUGCUUCGCGAGUAGGAUGGGAAGGCCUGUCCCAGUCUCCCGCCAUCUUCUGGACCGAACGAAUAGAAUUUAUUUGGACUUGGAUGUGGCUUUUGCGUUGGCCCAUAGCCCAUGUGCGAAACAGAGAAAAGCCCAGAUACCUAAUGAUUUGGGCGGAAACUAGAUCCAAUAUGUCAAAUCAUUAGUUUGAACGGAGUGUCUGCAAACUCUGGCCGCCGCUAUAUAACGACGGCCGGAAAGUCGUGGGUUCUGACCGGAAACUGAAAACUGAAAAGGCCCAAAAGGGCAUUGCUGGUUGGUUAGUCAACUCAAGCUCGUGAAAUGGGAGGGAAAUGAGGCAGAGAUUGUUUUUGUCCAAUUUUAUGAGUGGCGGAGAGGAGAGAGCAGCAACAAGAAGAGAAUUUUGCUCGAGGAAAGCAUGCUGAGUUAAUGUAUAGUUUGUACUGCUAGUGUGCGCUUUAUGAAUGUGGACGGCGAAAUCGAUGUAUGGUAAGUAAUAGCACAAGGAUGCAGAUCAGAUGGAAUUGGAGCAAGUCAACAAAUUGGUAGAUGCAUAGUUGAUAUUUGAGUCUGCUGUUGCUGUAUGCUUAGUGUCAGUUUGAGUGGUCUUCCAAUCACUGGCUACUUGAAUCUUGAUUGCUUUCUUCCAACUGAGCUUGCUUUUCAUGGUGGUUGGGUGGUUGGUUGACUCGCGGGUGGAGGAGCACCGGUCGGUGUGUAAUUUGCUAAAAUAUCUACAGACAGUCCUUUAAACCAAUUCAGCUCCGCGAUUUUUAUUUGUUGCAGCAGCAGGAUGAUAUUAUCUAAGUAUAUUUCUAUAUGAUCCACAUAUAAUUCAGGCAAGACAAAUAUAUGAUUGUUGGAUUUAUAAAUUGUCAACAUUAAAAAAUGGGCACCACAUAUACUUUUUUCCUUUGUACUUUCUCUAUUGAUGUUCAUACUUGGAUUGUACAAAUUUCUGAUGAGUUUGGUCUCAUACAUCGAGUUGUUGGGAGAGAUUCAAUCGUGGAUCAUAUAUCACAACACUAACACGCCCCCUCAAACGAAAGCCACUCACAAGGGCUUGAAAUUUGCACAGGUCUGAAGACAAGAAUACCAUGUGCUUAACAAAUGGGGGUCACCGAGAAUCGAACACAAGACCUCUCGGUGACAGAAGGCUCUGAUACCAUGUCAAGAACCAGUUGAUCCCAAUAACUCGAGUUGUUGGGAGAGGUUCAAUCGUGAAUCAUAUACCACAACACUAACACAUAAUACUGUACAAGUAACUAAAUAAGGACCUUGAUACGUGUAUAGUUUUCUCUGUGUAUAACUAAUGAAUAAUAUAAGAAUUAAAAUAUGAGAGUCCAACUAAAAAGAUUUUAAUUGUAUAACAUGAGUCACAUUCAUCAUCAUGGUUGACAUAAGAGAACCACAUAAAAUAAAUUAAAAAUUGCCUACUUGACUUUUUAUGUUCAUAUGGUUAUCACUUAUUAACAAUACGUUUUCCUUAUGAGAAUGUUAUUAGUUAAUGAGAAAAGUACAAAGAGUCUAAGUCGAAAGAUGAUCAGCAAUAGUGGGUGAGAUAAUCAAAUGGUGGCCAGGGAAAAAGACGGGAUUGUGACUUAAUUAAUUAAUGAGAAAAGUGAGGAUUCAUAAACAAAGAAAGCUUAUUGUUUAUA